UGGAGGGUGAGAUUUCUUAUUUGAAUCCGGUCUGGGGUUGACAGAACAUUAACAGAAACAGGCUGCUUCUCUUUGGGCAAAUUCUUUGAUUUAACUGGAUAAAACCACGCAUAUUAAAUUAUUGGUUUGAUUUUUGUGAUGGACGGUCCGUUUGACCGCACUGUUAUUGGUUUUACAGCUGUCACCUUACAAAACCGCGGUUUCCAUCUCUGAUAACUAGCAGCGAGCACUCGACUAGCUGGUUUCUUUUCCUUUUUAACGUUGGCUAAAACACAAAUUUAAAAUGUUUCGUUGUAAUUUUUUAAAACAUAGGUGCUCUCUGUCUGUGAGAAAUUGCAGGUUGCCCAAAGUGCUUUCUAGUAAUCUAGCCAACGAUAUUCAUUCGCUGUAAAUGUGCAAUGCUGUCGUUUCAGCACAACCUGCUAAGCCAGCUUUGCUGCCUAGCUAUAAUAACCUAACGUCGAUUAUUCAGCCACGGAUAUAGACAGAAAUAACAACAAGGUGCUUGUUCAGACUGAAAGCUUGGGAUGGAGGCGGAUUUGCUGAUUGACUGGCAGCGCGAGCGGGCGGAGAUGAGGGCGGAGUUUUCGCGGCUGCAGGACGAGUUGGCCGAGAGCUGCGCUGAGAAGGAGGAGCUUCGGUCCAGGGCCCAGGCUUUGACUGACAGGCUCGUGCAGUCUGUGAACCCCACGAUGUCUGCGCGGCAUGACGGCGAGCAGCGGGACUGGAAGAGGAAGUUAAGGGAGGGCCGAGAGCGGGAGGCCAGGCAGGCUCAGCUCAUCCACAAACUGCAGAGCAAGGUCUUGGAGUACAGAGCGCGCUGCCAGGGCCUGGAGCGUCAGCUGGUGAGUGGAGAACGAGAGCAGAAAAGAGAGAAGAUCAGAGAUGAACACAGCAACUCGCUCGAGAGUGCCCUCAUCAGGCUGGAAGAAGAACAGCAGAGAAGUGUGGGCAUGGCAGAAAUGAAUGCUCUCCUGCGCAGUCAGCUCAGCCAAUCAGGAGAAGCCAAUGAAGCUCUGAGAGAGGACCUGAGCAAGUUGACUUCUGAUUGGGCCAGAGCUGUGGAAGAGGCGGGCCGAAGGGAGAACGAGUGGCAGAAGGAGAAAGAGCUCCUGACGAAUCACAUCGGGCGUGAGCACACCCGUCUGAUCUCACUGUGGGGGGGUGUGGUCACACUGAGACGCCAUUAUCACACCCUGAGGACCGCUACUGACAGGGACUUAUGGGAACUCCGGGCGGAAUUCUCCCGGGUCUCCUCCUCCCUGCUCUCCUGCUACGGGUCAGUUAGCUCCAGCCUCGUCUCUAGCCUUGGUGCUGGCCACGCCCCCAGCCUUGGGGCAGGCCAUGCCCCCGGCCUUGGUGCUGGCCACGCCCCUGGCCUUGGGGCAGGCCACGCCCCCGGUCUCGGGACAGGCCACGCCCCUGGCCUUGCGGUCUCCUCCCCCAUCCCGCCCUCCUCCCUCUCCCCCACGCUGGGACCCCUGUCCCUGCAGGACCUGGAGCGCAGCCUCAGGGAGAAGGAGCAGGAAUUCGUGGAGCUGAGGGCCCAGCACCGCACCCAGACCCAGCAGCUCCAGGACAGGAUCUCCGAGCUGUCCUCCUCCCUUCAGGCUCAGGAGAGGGAGAGGAGGAGACAGGAGGAAGAGGAGGAGGGGAAGAGACAGAGUGAGGUGGAGAAGGAGAAGGAGAGAGAGAGAGACUGGGACAGACACAGAGAGGUGGAGAGGGACCUACAGUCCGUCCAGCAGGCUGUCCUUAACUUGGCUAACUUCCUCAGCGCGCGGCGGCUGGACGCACGGGGCAGCGCUCCUCUCUCCCUGGCCGACCUGGCCAAUGACAGACUGCCCUCCCUGCUCACCAUCAUCGCCGAGGCCGAGACCGCCCUCCAGUGCCGACACGAGGAACUGCAGGAAGCGGAGGUGAGGAUCCUGGGACUGGAGGCGGAGGUAGAGGCCCUGGAGCAGCAAAUCAGAGUCCUGCAAAAGGAUGGGGCGGAGCUUCAGGAGUGGGCACUGCAGGGGGGGCAGGAACUGAGGCACACACAGGAGCUGCUGCAGAGCGAGCGGGAGACGGCCGUGUCGCUGGGCAGCCAGCUGAGGGAGGCGGAGCGUCACGGCGAGGAGCUGAGGAGGGAGAACGAGCACCUGAGGCGCCAGCGGAGCCGCGAGGAGGAGGAGCGCAAGGAGCUGGAGAGGGACCGGCAGAGACGCGUGGAAACGGGCUUGCUGGAAACCGCCCAGCUGAUGGAGAGGGUGGAGCACAGCCGUCAGGAGCUGCACAGCCUCCAGGGGGCGCUGGAGAGCGAGAAGUUUGAGCGCGUGCGGGCUGAGGGGGAGGCGGCUGACGCCAGGGAUGCACUAUUAAAGGCCCGUGAGUCGGCCCUGGCCCUGUCCUCCGGGCAGACCCAGCUGAGGCGCGACGUGGCGGAGAGCCGGGACGCCCUGGAGAAGAUGGCGGCCCUGAACGAGGCGCUGGCCCUGGACAAGCGGGAGCUGGGGGCGCGUACCCUGCAGCUGGAGACAGAGCUGGCAGAUGCUAUGUCCUGCCUGCAGACGAUGAGGUCAGAGGUCACAACCCUUCAACGGGAGCUGAAGGGCGUUUCCCAGGAGGCAACAGAAUUAAGGUUGCAGAGGACUGCAGAUCUGCAGGCCCUGCAGCAGAUGGGGGACAGAGAGAGGGAUCUGGAGAGAGAGGUGGAGAGUUUGAAAGAGGAGAGAGAGAGGGAGGUCAGCCUGCUGACGGAGGCGAGAGAGCGGGAUGAACAAAAACUGGAGGAGCUCUCUGGGCUGCACAGUGCAGUGUGUGGGGAGCUGCGGGGCGCGCAGGCUGAGCUGAGCAGAGCGGUGGAGCAGCAGAAGAGGGCGGAGAGAGAGAGGGACGACCUGCUGAGGGAGGGGCAACGGCUGGAGGCGGGCGUGCGAGCGCUGGAGAGAGAGAAGGAGGAGCUGGAGAGGGGCCGGGCCGAGCUCGGAUCGCUCUCAGCCGCCCUGCAGAAGCAGGUGGCUCAGCUGCAGGAGCAAAGUUCCGGCCUGGAGGUGCACAGGGGCCAGCUGGAGGUCCAGGUGCACACGCUGUUGCAGGCUAAAGACGUGCUUCAAGGGGAGAUCCAGUGUCUGCGAGAUGAGCUGGACAGACAGACGUCCCAGAGCGAGGUGGAGAGGGCGGAGGCACAGGAGGAGAGGGAGAGGAGCCGCAGGGAGGCGGAGGGCAGGGAGGCGGAGGUGGAGAGGCUGAGGGCGGCGGUGGAGCUCGCGGAAGAGCAGCGUGGGGAGCAGGAGGCGCAGAGGGGAGCGUGGCAGAGAGAGAGGGAGGCGCUGAGCUCCGAGCUGGGCCAGAGGGACGGAGAGGUGGAGGCGCUGAGGAGCAGGGUGGAGGGCUUGCUGAGCGAGAAGGAGGAGCUCUCGGGCCUGCUGCAGGAGAGCCAGGCGGAGCUGGAGGGACUGCGCUCCCAACUGUCCACGGAGCAGAGGAAGCAGGAGCAGAGGGUGAGGGAGGCCAGAGGAGAAGCCCAGCACUGGAAGGAGAGAGCGGGGGAGGCGCGGAAGGAGACGGAGGCGCUGAGCCUGAGGCUGACGGAGAGAGAGAAGGAGGGAGUGAGGGCCAUGGAGAGAGAGAGGGAGAAGAGCGCGGAGCAGCUGAGGCAGAAGGAGGCGGAGCUCAGACAGGCGGAGGAGGCGGCGGCCAGGCUGGAGGCCAGAGUGGAGGCGCUGGAGGAGGCGCAGCAGGAGAGCGAGAGGCUGCGGGAAAGGGUGAGCGAGCUGGAGGAGCUCAACUCGCAGCUGAGGGAGGGGGAGCGACUGAAGAGCGAGGAGGAGGAGCGGUGGAGGAGGAAGAGGGAGGCGGAGGGGAGAGAGCGGGAGGAGAGGCUGCGGGCGGAGCUGGGGCAGAGGAAGGCGGAGGUGGCGCAGCUGAGAGCCAGCACCAGGGAGCUGGAGAGGGAGAGGGAGGCCGCCCGGAGGAGGGCGGGGGACCUGCAGGGGAGCCUGGAGAGCCAGGGGGCGCUCCUCAGAGAGAGCGAGGAGGAGCUGCGGCGGCUGCGGGAGGCGGUGAAGAGGGGCGAGGAGGAGGCCGCCGCCAGGCUGCAGCAGGAGGAGGAGCUGAGGAGGCUGAAGGAGCAGCUCCUGCAGCUGGAGCUGGCGGGGCAGGAGCUCACGGGCCAGCUGAGGGAGACGGAGGCCGUCCUGGACAGAGAGAGGAGCCUGAGGAGAGAGAAGGAGCAGGAGCUGGUGACCGCGAACGGAGAGAGGGAGAGAGCGAGGGAGAGGGUACGGGAGAUGGAGGACGAGAGGAAGAAGAUGGAGGAGGAGGUGGAGAAAUGGAGACAAGUGGCGGGGGAGAGGGAGAGAGCGGGGGAGAGGGUGUCGAAGGCCCUGGUGAAGAGAGAAGGAGAGGUGGAGGAGCUGAAGGCUAGGAUAGAGGAGGGAGCAGAGGAGGAGGCGAGGAUGAGGCAGACCCUGCGCGAACGAGAGGAGGAGCAGGAGAUCCUGGCGUCCCAGCUGAGAGAGGAGCAGGCCGAGGUGGAGAGACUGAGGGCCAGGGUGGAGGAGCUGCAGAGGGGACAGCGCUCCCUGCUGGAGGAGAGGGGAGGACAGGUGGAGGUGCUGGGCGGGAGGGUUCGAGAGCUGGAGGAGGAGAGGGACGGUCUAUUCGCGGAGCUGAGGGGCAAGGAGCGAGAGGUGGGGGUCCUGAGAGAGGAGGUGGAGAAGGAAAGGAGAGAGAGGGAGAAGGCAGGUUCCUCGCUGAGGUGGAGGGAGGAGGAGCUCAGGCAAGAGAGAGAGAGGAGGGAGGCGAUGGCCGCCCAGCUGACCACCCUGAGGGAGGAGGUGGGCGAGUUGGCUAAGGGGCGGGAUCGAGCCAGGGCGGAGGCCAGGGAGAAGGAGGCAGAGAAGGAGAAGAUGAGGGAGGGCCUCAAGGCCGGGUUGAAGGAGAUGGCCACCCUGAAGGAGCUCCUGGAGGAGAGCCACCGUGAGGGAGAGAAGCUGAAGACGCUCCUCCUGGAGAAGAAGGAGGAGCUGGUGAAGGGGAGGGACGAGCGGCUGCAGGCGGCCCGGGCGGAGCUGGAGGUGCUCAGCGGGAGGGCUCGGGGCCUGGAGGGGGAGAAGCAGGAGCUGGAGGCGCAGCUGAGGCUGAAGGAGGCGGAGCUACAGCGGGCCACGCAGUCCCGGGAGGAGGCAGCCAGAGAGCGGGACAAGGCGGAGAGGAGGUGGGUGGAGGCGGAGGAGGGGCUGAGGGCCACGGUGGCAGAGAGGGAGGCGGAGCUGAGCCGGGUGAGGGCGCGGGUGGAUGCCCUGGAGGAGCAGCGGAUGGAGCUGAACUCCGCAGCGGGCGAGAGGAGCCAGGAGGUGGUGGAGCUCGCCAAGAGGACGAGGGAGCUGGAGAGCGAGCUGGAGGUGGUGAGAAAGGGCAGGAUGGAGGAGACGGAGAGGUGGGAGGAGAGGAUGGCGGAGCUGAGAAAGGAGGGGGAGGAGAAAGAGGAGAAGUGGAUGGAGGAGGAAGACCAGCUGAAGAGGGAGAGUGAGAGACUGAAACAGGCUGUGGAGGAGAGGGUGGAGGAGGUGGAGGUGGUGAGAGAAGCUCUGAGAGCGAAGGUGAGAGAGGUGGAGGUGAUGCAGGAGAGGGUGGAGGAGGCGGAAAUGAAAAUGGCUAUGCUGACGCAAGCGGAGGAGGAGCGAGACAGGGCGGCGCAGGAGGAGGCGCGCGAGAGGGAGAGACUGCAGAGGCAGCUGGCGGACAGGAGCAGGGAUGCGGGGGAGCUGAGAGACAGGAUGAGGGAGCUGGAGGAGGCGCUGGAGAAGGAGAGGGAGCGCAGGAUAGAAGCAAGGGAGCGAGACCGGCUCAGGAUGCUGGAGGAGCAGAGGAGAGAGGAGCAGGCCCAGACGACCGAGCUCCUGCAGGGCAUUCUGGGUAAAGUGGAGAAGGAGAAGGCGAGUCUCGCAGCGGAGCUGAGGGAGAAGGAGGAGGAGGUGGAGAGGUGGAGGAACAGGGCGGAGGCGCUGGAAGGAGAGAGCGAGGGGUCGAGGCGGAGGGAAGGGGGUCCGGCGGACCCGGCGGGGGGGGCUGAGGACGCUCCGGACGGGGUGAGCGUGGAGCGGCUGAGGGAGAGGGUGGCCUCGCUCCUCCUGGAGAAGGAGGCGCGGGAGCGGCUGCUGAGGGAGAGGGAGUCGGAGGUGUACGCGCUGAAGAGGCGGGCCGAGGACCUGGGUCAGGACCGGGAGCGGGUCCGCACCGCGCUGGAGAGGACCGAGGCGGCGCUGGUCCGGUACCAGGAGAGGAGCCGGCAGCUGGAGCAGAACCGGACCGGCGGACCCGAUACGCUCACACUCUCCCAGGUGGGUGAGAGUGCCGGUUGUGUUGUGGCUGAGCAGGAGCAGAAGCAGCAGGUGCAGUCCCCUGAGAGGCCAGAAGGGGGCGCUGAGGUGCAGGAGCGGCUGCAGGCCAUGCAGAAGGCGGUGGCGCAGCUGGAGUUUCAGCAGCAGAAGCUGCAGGACAGGAACGCGCAGCUGGAGCAGCGGGUGGCCAGGCUGCGCGCUGAGAGGGCCAAGCUGAGGGACAUGCUGAAGCAGUUGGAGCAGGAGCGGGAGAGGGUCCUGCAUCACCUGUCACAGUCCGACUCCACUGCAAGGGAGAGCUCCAGAAUACAGGGCGAGCUUCCUCACGCAGAAGAGGAUGAGGAGCAACUGACACUCCUCAGGGCACGAGUGCUAGAGCUGGAAGAUCAGGUGCAGCAUCUGAGGAAAACACUGGCAACGGAUCACAGGGAGAGGGCGGAGUUUAUCGAAGAAUCCUCCAGGAACAACCAAUGGCUGAUCUCACUGCGGCAAGACCUGACCGACUCCUUGGCAGUGGUGUCACAGAAGCCCCUCCCAUCAGUGCUCCAGGCUGAGACUCAGCGAUUGGACAGAAGUCUGAGAGAGGAGGAGUUUCGGUUGUCUCUCAGCAAGUCUUGACCGACACUGAUGUUUGAGAUUUUGCACUCCUUAUUGCUUGAAUGGCAAUCAGUUGGAAAUGUUCCUAACUUUUAAUUUUAAUAUUACUUGAGAUAAAAAAAAAAAAACAAGGACACAGAUAUUGGCCGUUAUUGAAGAUGAGUUGAAGUAUGCUUGGCUGAUUGAUGGGCAGCUUUAAUAUGCUUUCAUACCUGUUAAGUAAUGUUUGCUAAACUGUUUAAUUUUUUAUUUUAAUUUCUCAUACUGUUUUAUUGUUAUCAGUAUUUUUUAAAUUAAUUUAUUAUUUUAUAUAUAUUCCAUUGUUUUUUGUCCUCUUUUUAACUUAACUAACUAGUCUGUUUUUACUUCUGUCACUUUUUCUCUAAAGUGCAUUGAAUAGCACUGCGUGUUCGAAAUGUGCUAUAUAAAGUUUAUUAUUACUAUAAUGCAGUCUACAUUAUAUUUAUUUAUGAUAAAUUACAUUUUGUCUCAUGCCAUCUGUGGUCUAAUAUCAUUAUACCAUUGGACAACUUCUAUUAAAUUAAAAAACCAUUCAAGUCU